AUCGUGUUCGAAAUUCGAAAAGCAGUGGGGGUGCGGCUGAUUGGCUCGUUUCGCCUGAUAUUGUGUGUAACGACUCGGCUGCGGGCGGUUGAGCGUAGCGCGCCAAACGGAGCUUUUUCUAAUAAGAAUCACGAGUUCGAAUGACUUAUUUGUUCUGAAUUUGAAUUCAAGUAAACAAAAAAAAAUACUAGAGUGUUUUUUUAAUAAUUAAUGGCAACCAUUAAAUGUUACAGUGAAGAUAACUAUUGAGUGCCAGUGUUAUUGAAAAGUUUUAAUAACUAACAAAAUGUCAUCAGUGCAUUCAGAUGAUGACCAAGAAGAAAUAAACGUGGACUCAGAUAGUAGACUAUCGGGCCAUUGUGACAGAAGCAUAGGUUCAGAUGAUAGAGAUUCGGAACACAGCUAUCAUGAUAGAUACCAUGAUUCUCCAAAUGACCACAUGACUGACACACAACCUAGAGUAAAUUUACCCUUCAGUAUAUCACGGUUAUUAGGAAAACAAUUUGAAGACAUAGACAAACGACGAAAUUCUAGAGAGAGUGACGACCGAAGUGAUCAGGACACUGAAUCGGAAAGUGCUAAAGAUGAUGCAAAAGACAAUACAAGUUUACCAUUAAAUUUUUCACACAAUCCCGGUCUUUAUCCUAAUUCUGGUUUAUUGUUGAGACCGGGGUUGGGUUUAGGAGGUGGAUAUGGAUUUUCUACUAAUCCAGGGGUUGUAAGAGUGCCGGCACAUAGAGCUUUAGGAGCAUUAGGUGCGUGGGGUGUAGCAUUAGAUCCUAUGAGGCAAGCAGCAGCAGCGGCGUUUGCACACCAAGUUGUUAAGGAUAGACUGAAUGCAUCAUUCCCCAUCACAAGGCGGAUUGGACACCCAUACCAGAACAGAACGCCACCGAAACGGAAGAAACCUAGAACCUCCUUCACAAGACUUCAAAUAGCAGAGCUAGAGAAGAGGUUCCACAAGCAGAAGUACUUAGCGUCCGCAGAGAGGGCGUCACUGGCGAAAACUUUGAAAAUGACAGAUGCACAGGUCAAGACGUGGUUCCAGAACCGACGGACAAAAUGGAGACGGCAAACUGCAGAAGAGCGCGAGGCUGAGAGGCAAGCAGCGAAUCGCUUGAUGCUUUCCCUUCAAGCUGAAGCGUUAAGUAAAGGAUACAUGCCCGAACCUCCACCAGGAGCGGCCCCGCUGUCAGCGCUUCAUUAUCAACCGCCAAGUAAUACUGCACCAGCGCCUCCCACUAAUACAGCGUUAAGCGCUUUACAGAAUUUACAACCUUGGGCUGGAAACCAGAACGGAUUCCUGAAUGCACAAGCGGCUUCAGCGCCACCACCCCAUCCGCCUCCUGUCGCUUCACCUAUAUGUUGAAACCUAAUCUAAUUUUGUAUUGGAACAUUCACAUAAAACUUUGAACAAAUUCUGUUUAAAACAUGUUUUGUAUAUCCUACAUGAGACAUGAUAUUUUGUUCUUGCUUGUAAAUACAUAUUACACUAUUACAAAGCAUUAUGCUCAUUAAAAAAAUGUAAAUAGAAUGCGAUCUCAAUACUCUAUGUAUCUCGGAAGCACAAUAUAAUGUUCUAAUUUUAAAAAUCGAUAAUUGAAAGUAUUAUUAUGAUAAAUUAAAACGAUUUAC